AUGAUCCUCUUCUCGGCACUCUUCACCACGGCAACUAUUCUCUUUGACUACCUUCUCCUCCCCUACUUCGUGAUCUACUUGCGAAGGAAUCUUCUCACCUCUUCUCUCAAUUUCUUCCCCUUUCUAGACUUUAUUCUAUUCUACGGGACCCUCUUUGCCUCUGAGUUCCUUUUCCGCACAAUCGCUCUUGAAUUCAAAGGCCUCGGAAGCAGAAUUAUGCGAUGGUCAAGUCCAAGCCUGAUCGGUGCGUUAGUAAUAGUCUCCACCCUCUCUUUCCCGAUGCCCUCCAUCCUAUGCUGGAUUGGCAACGUGACUGCCGGCGCAGCAAACAGCCUCUUUUGUUUCUGUCUCUUCGCCUUGUGUGGGAUUCAGGGCCUGUUAAAGGCGGCCCACGUAUUCCUUGGUGGUCUCCUUUUCACAAAGUAUUGCGACGCCGUGACAUUCAUGCCACGCAGCGUGGCACAGACGGGGGAGCUGCUUCUUGGGAUUCUGAGAUGCUUUUGUGCGGCUCUAUUCUUCAUAAUUGGGGGCGCUGUUUUGUAUCAUCAGCGUUUCAUAGCUGCAUUGGUCAUCGUCUCUACAAUCUACUCGCUGGCGCUUUCAACAGCUAUCGUUGGCUAUGCUCGAGUUUAUGCUCACGAUAAGGCUCUUCGGAUUCGCAUCGAACAUCCAAAUUGA